AUGCAAAAUGUUCUGAUUAAAUAUCGACAGUCUAUUUCAAUAAAUCUUGUGAUAUGCUGCUUUCUUGUCUACAGGAUAACAGAAUCUUUACUACAAUAUGGAAAUCGUAUAAAUAUCAGUUCUACUGUAUGUAAGGCGUUGACAAGUCAAUUGAAUCAAUCUACUCAUCAUUUAUGUCAUUAUAAAAAGAAAAAUGAAUCCAUUAAUAUUGUUGAGAAUAGUCAAGCUCAGAAUUAUUCAAAUAUAACUAGGAUAAAUGAAGACUCUACUGAAUAUACACAGGAUCUUAUACAAAUUAAAAUACAAUAUCUAACUGGAAUCUACCUCUUAAUCUAUCGAAUUCUCUUGAAUAUACCAGCAAUGAUAUCAUGUUUUUUCUAUGGUUCAUUAGCGCAUAAAAUCAGUCAUAAGUUCAUUAUGCUAGUUCCAUGCAUAGGUUCGAUACUGGCUUGUUCAUUUUUCAUUGCUGGUUUAUCACCGGAAUUGAAGUUAAUCCCAGAUACAAUUAUUUUAACUUUGAUCGGAGCCACAUUAUAUGGUACAUGCGGUAAGAGUAGUGCAUUCAGCAUGGGAGCGAAUAGUUAUAUUUCUAAGAACAGUAUUAUACAGGAUCGUACAUGUAUGCUUGCACGAUUAUUAGGAAUGAAUUUUUUUGGAUUAUCACUAGGUACUUUACUUCUUGGAGUAUUCUAUCGAUUCUCUAAUUACUUUGAACUAAUUUUAUUCGUUAUCAUUGGAGAUGUAUUCACUAUUAUUUUAGUAUUCUCAGUGGGUUAUUCUAAAGAGAAUGACACAACAACCUCAUCUACUGCUUCAAAACAGUCAUCAACUACUCUGAAGGCUAUUUCCGAGGUGGCUGUCUCUUCCUGUUCCUCCUCUUUACCGUCAUCGACUCUGCCCACACGGAAAUCUCCUGCACAAUCCAAAAAGUUCAAAUGGUCAUAUGGAAACGAAACUCAUUUUCCUGGGGAUUGUAAUCCUGGGAAGAAUGAUGGUAAAAAAGAAUCUCCAAGUGAUUAUGAACAGCAUACGCCAUGUGGUAAAAGGAUAUUCUUUGAGAUGGUCAAACCAUUCAUCACCUUGAAAUCUUCAUACAUAUUUUUAUUUAAAGAACGUGACAACAAUAAACGCGUUUAUCUCCUCACACUACUUGGUACUAUUCUAUUCAAACAAAUGGCAAAAUCUGGUGAACAAGAUGUCAUGCUUUUAUACCUGACUAAUGAAUCAUCAUUACUAUGGAGUGCAGAACUCUACGCUUAUUAUCAGUCUUGUUAUUAUACUCUAAUGUUUAUUCAAUUGAUAAUUCUAUUGCCAAUAUUAGAGAGGAAAUUCGCUUUCCGCGAUACAACUUUAAUAUUAUUUGGUUUAACUACAGAGAUAGUACGUCUCCUCAUUACUGGCUUAUUAAAGAAUACAAUUGGAAUAUUUAUCAGUGCUGUGAUUGGUUCAUCAGCUUGCUUUAUCACUUCAUGUACACGUUCACUUAUCAGUAAACUUGUUAAUAGCGAUGAGAUCAAUGCAAGUUUUGCGUUAAUUUCUAUCCUUGAAACAUUGGCUAAUCUUAUCGGUAGCGGGCUAUUCACACUGAUUUAUAAUAAUUCAUUAACAUUCUAUUCAUCUUUCAUAUUUAUUCUAGAUGCUGCUUUAAAUAUCCCUAUUGUAGUAAUUUUUAUUUGGUUAAGAUAUAAAUUGACGUGUUAUGAAGUAUGCACUUCACAAAAUCAACAAUCAUAA